AGAGAGAGAGAGAGAGAGAGAGAGAUGGGGGUACCAUUUGCACUAAUGUUGACACUCUUGUUUUCCUCCGUUUUCUCGACCGAUAUCUCCCCCGGCUCAACCCUCUAUGCCUCAGACCCAACGCAAACUUGGACUUCCCCAAUGAAAAACUUCUCUCUCGGCUUCAUAUCCGACGGCUUCGCCCACUUUGCUGCUGUCACCUACAACGGCAUCGCAGUCUGGAAGGCCGGAGGCAGCGAUGACGGUGGUGGGGCAGCCGACUCAUCUGCCUCCCUCCGGUUCCUCGCCAAUGGCAACCUCCGUCUUGUCAACGGCUCCUCUGGCUCCGUCGUGUGGCAGUCCAACACCGCUGACCGCGGCAUCAUCUCCGCCUCCCUUGACGACUCAGGUAACUUUGUCCUGAAAAACAGUGCUGUUUCUAUUUGGUCCACCUUCAAUAGCCCAACUGAUACCAUUUUGCCCUCACAAAACUUCACCAUUAACCAAGUACUGCGAUCUGGGUUGUACUCUUUCAGUCUCCUUACCUCUGGAAAUCUAGCACUAAGAUGGAAUGACUCUAUAUUGUAUUGGAGUUUGGGUUCGGAUUUAUCACACAACAACAUAAACAUAACAUCACCUAGUUUAAGACUUGAAUCGAAUGGCACCGUAUCAAUCUCCGAUCCAUCACUUUCAAACACUUCAGUCAUGGCUUAUAGCAGUGAUUAUGCCGAAGGAGGUGACAUACUUAGGUUUCUGCGAUUGGACUCUGAUGGGAAUCUGAGGAUUUAUAGCUCUGCCAAGGGAAGUGGGAAAAUCACAGAGAGAUGGGCGGCUGUUCCUAAUCUGUGUCUAGUUUUCGGAUACUGUGGGGAUAUGGGCAUUUGUAGUUACAGCGAUACGGGUCCGAUUUGUGGGUGUCCUUCCCUGAAUUUCGAUCCAAUUGAUCCGAAUAAUAGACGAAAAGGGUGCCGGAGGAGAGUGGAGAUAGAGGAUUGUCCCGGUAGAGAAACAAUGUUGCAAUUAGACCACGCAAUGUUUUUGACAUACCCUCCCGAGUUGGUUCCACAACAUUUCACCGGGGGCAUAGCAGAGUGCCGGUCGAAUUGCCUGAAUAGCCGCUCUUGCAUUGCCUCCACUUCAUUGGCGGACGGGCAGGGGUCGAUUUACAUGAAAUUCCCGGGUUUUUUAAGCGGGUAUCAGUCUCCGGCCCUCCGUACCACUUCAUUUCUCAAGGUUUGUGACCCGAUAAUACCAAAUCCAUCUAUUUCCCGCAAGAAUGCUCGCGGGUAUCAUGCAUGGGUUGUCGUACUUGUGGUUCUGGGCACCAUUUUUGGUUUCGUUGUGCUAGAGGGUGUCUUCUUGUUGUGGUUACGUGGAAAAAGUCAGCUAUUCGGGGGUCUCUCCAGUCAACAUUCCCUUCUCGACUUCGUCUCUGGGGUAUCACUCCAGUUCUCCUACAAAGAGUUGCGAUCGGCCACAAAAGGUUUUAAGUAUAAGGUCGGAGGAGGAGAAUUUGGGGCUGUUUUCGUCGGUACUCUUGCCAAUGGAACCGUCGUUGCAGUAAAGCGUCUCGAGGGAAUCGAGCAAGGGGAGAAACUGUUUCGGAUGGAAGUUGCAACUAUAAGCAACACCCACCAUUUGAAUUUAGUCAGAUUGAUCGGAUUCUGCUGCGAAGGACAUCAUCAUAGGCUUCUGGUAUACGAGUACAUGCAAAAUAGAUCCCUUGAUCAUUUCCUUUUCCCAAGGGAAGAAUUCUUCGAAAAAUCGUUGAGUUGGGAGUGUAGGUUCACGAUAGCCCUCGGUACGGCCAAGGGAAUCGUGUAUCUACACGAGGAGUGUCGAGACUGCAUCGUGCACUGUAACUUAAAGCCGGAAAACAUCCUCUUGGAUGAGAAAUACACUGCCAAAGUCUCGGAUUUCGGCCUAGCAAAAAUCGCUAGUCCUAAGAAAGACCAUCAUCGACACCGAACCCUGGCAAAUGUUAGAGGGAAUACGAGAGGUUAUUUUGCUCCAGAACUGGUCGCAAACCUUUCAGUAACAUCAAAAGCUGAUGUUUACUGUUACGGCAUGGUUUUACUGGAGAUAGUGAGCGGCAGAAGAAGUUUCGAAGUCUCCAUAGAAACAGAUGAGAAAAAGUUUUCAGUUUGGGCUUAUGAGAGGUUUGAAAAGGGGAAUGUGAAGGGAAUUGUUGACAAAGGAAUGGUAGAUCAUGAGGAAGUGGAUAUGAGCCAAGUAAUGAGGGCCAUUCAGGUGGCCUUUUGGUGCAUCCAAGAGCAACCUUCUCAGAGGCCAACAAUGGGAGAAGUGGUGCAAAUGUUAGAAGGGAUUACUAAGAUUAGAAAGCCACCAAACCCUAAGGCUGUUGGUGAGGGGGCUUUUGAUGAGGAUGUGGGUGGUGGUAAUGUGAGUGGUUUUUCGAACUUUGUAGAUUCAACAAUGGCUCCCUCUCCAUCAUCCUCAUUUCAAACCUCAUCUUUUCAUUUGGAAAGGAAUUUAGAGAGGGCAUCUUCAUCCCUUUUACAUUUAGAGCACUAAGUAAUAUCACUUUCAAACCCCAAGGUGUUUUCCCGAGUGAAUAUGAAAAAGCAAAUGAGUACUUGUUCUUCGUGAGGCCACAUGUUCGAAUCCUACGGAGGCUUGACAUUCCACAUCUUGAGGCCACUGGAGAAUUU